AUGGUGAGGAACAUGGAUGACCUUGACUUCUGCCUCCAGUCGCAUCCCCAGGACGUCCUGGAGGGGCUGAGGGCCUUCCGUGCCCACCCCAAGCUGUCAGACAUCACCCUGCUGGCCGGCAGCCAGGCCUUCCCGUGCCACCGCAGCCUCCUCGCACUCUGCAGUCCCUACUUCCAUGCCAUGUUUGCGGGGGACUUUGCCGAGAGCAUCGCUGCCCAGGUGGAGCUGCCGGACGUGGACCCCAGCACAGUGGGGAUGCUGCUGGACUUUGUAUACACCGGCAGGCUCACCGUCAACCAGGACAAUGUGGAGGCUCUGACCCAGACCUCCAACCGGCUCCAUUUCCCCGCCGUGCAGAAGGUGUGCAGCCGCUACCUGCAGCAACAGAUAGACGCCACCAACUGCCUGGGCAUCUGCGACUUUGGGGAGCGCCAUGGCUGCCCAGAGGUGUCCUCUAAGGCCUGGUCCUUCCUGCAGGAGAACUUCGAGGCUGUGUCUCAAGAAGAGGAGUUCCUGCAGCUGCCCAAAGACCGGCUGGCCACCUACCUGGCCAGCGAGCUGCUCCAGGUGCGGGAGGAGCAGAGCCGGGCCGAGGCCCUGCUCAGGUGGGUGAGGCACGAGGAGGAGGCCCGGGCCCGCUACCUGCCUGAGCUGCUGGGCCUGGUACACCUGGUUUCCCUUUCUGAUCAAUUCCGGCAGCACCUUCUCUGCACGGAGCCUUUGACUCGAGCUUCCGAGGCCUGCAAGGCGGUGAUCUCCCAGCACCAGAGCCUGUCUUCAACGAUGCUUCCACAGAAGCUGGAGGAAGUUCUGGUGAUUGUAGGGGGGCAAGCACUAGAAGAUUCUGAGGAUGAAGAAAACCAUGCGGAGCCUUCGCCCAUCUCCAGGAACUGUGCCUUCUAUAACACAAAGUCCAAACGCUGGACAGCCCUUCCCGAUUUCCCCGACUACCACAAAUGGGGCUUUUCUCUUGUGGCACUGAACAACGAUAUUUACGUCACAGGUGGUUCCCGCGGCAGCAAGAUAGACACUUGGUCCACGACCCAGGCCUGGCGCUUUUCACAGAAGGAGGGCAUCUGGAAACUUAUUGCCCCGAUGUUGAAAGCCCGCACCAACCACGCCAGCGCCGCGCUCAAUGGAGAGGUCUACGCCAUUGGGGGUACCACCAUGGACGUGGUAGAGGUAGAAAGCUACAACCCAUACAACAACAGCUGGUCGGUCAUCAGUCCAGCACUGAAGUAUGUGAGUAACUUCUCUGCCGUUGGCUGCCACGGGAGGCUCUACCUCGUGGGCUCGUGUGCCUGCAAAUACAAUGCGCUGACCCUACAGUGCUAUAACCCCGUCACAGAAGUCUGGAGCGCGAUUGCCUCACCUUUCAUCCCCAAGUACCUCUCCUCCCCUCGCUGUGCCUCUCUGAAUGGGGCCGUCUACCUCAUUGGGGACAACACCAAGAAAGUCUACAUGUAUGACCCCGAAGCCAACGUGUGGCGGAAGGUUCAGCUCCUUCACAGCCUGCAUGAGAACGGUGGCAUGGUGUCCUUGGGAGACAAGCUGUACGUGACAGGAGGCCGCUGGCAGGGCAUGGAAGGGGACUACCGGGUAGAGAUGGAGGUGUAUGAUGGGACUAAAGAUGUCUGGACACGGGAAGGGGCCCUGCCCUGCCUCUGGCUUUAUCACAGCUCUUCCUCCAUCUUCAUGGAUAUCUCCAAGUGGACCGAGCCCUUUGUGAGGAGCUAA